UUCAGUCAGACACCAGGAAGUGAGGAGAGCAGCAGUGAGACAGAGUCAAGAGUCAGGGAAACAGUUUAAAGACUAAAAUCGAGCUAACCCAGGUGAACAUGGCUGCUGAGGUCUUCUCCUACGAGUGUCUGGUUCACGCUGUGUCUGGAGCUGUGGGAAGCGUGACAGCAAUGACAGUUUUCUUCCCACUUGACACGGCCAGACUGCGGCUGCAAGUGGAUGAAAACAGAAAGGCCAGAUCAACUCCAGCCAUUCUGGCAGAAAUUGUCAAAGAAGAAGGACUUCUGGCUCCUUACAGAGGCUGGUUCCCCGUCAUCUGCAGCCUGUGCUGCUCCAACUUUGUCUACUUCUACUGCUUCCACAGCCUGAAGGCCAGAUUACUGAAGGGAAAACCGUCAGCACCCAGUACCGACUUAAUCGUAGGCAUCACUGCAGGUAUUGUAAAUGUUCUCGUGACCACACCACUGUGGGUGGUCAACACCAGACUGAAGCUUCAGGGUUCCAAGUUUCGUAAUGAAGACAUCCGGACAACUAACUACUCCGGCAUUCUGGAUGCGUUUGUGCAGAUUGUCCGCCAGGAGGGCGUGGGAGCUUUGUGGAAUGGGACCUUCCCAUCCCUGCUGCUGGUGCUGAACCCUGCCAUCCAGUUCAUGAUUUAUGAGGGGCUGAAGAGGCAUCUGAAGAAAGGAGUUCCCAGGGAGCUGUCGUCCAUUGAAGUCUUCCUCAUCGGCGCUGUGGCCAAAGCUGUGGCCACCACUGCUACAUACCCACUGCAGACUAUACAGUCCAUCCUCAGGUUUGGACAAUACAGCAGGUCAACAGACGAGUCCAAAAUCCUGUCCAGUUUACGUUCUAUCAAGCUUCUACUGGUCAAUAGAAUCAGGAAGUACGGCAUGUUGGGUCUGUUUAAAGGCCUGGAGGCCAAGCUGCUCCAGACGGUGCUGACUGCUGCCCUCAUGUUCCUUCUGUAUGAGAAGAUCACCAGCUGCACCUUCAGCGCCAUGGGACUGAGCCACAACUACAAGAGACGCUAGCACGACCGCUAACACUCGACUGUGUUUGAGCGUUGUAUAAAUAUAUGAAUCACUACUUAUAGACCCCGUGAAGGUGAGGUCGAGGACAUCUGUCACAUGACACUGGAAAAACUACGGUUAUUAUCAUAGUCAUGAUCAGAUAAGAAGUGCUGUCCACCGUGUAGAUGGGGCUUCACACACAGUUUGUUAGAUGUGUGCACAGGAAGGUGAAGGGCUUCUUCAAUGCGCCAGUAUUUUAAUGCAUUUCCCUGGGACCUGGAUCUAUUCUCAAAUAUAUCUGCUCAAGUUUUAUUAAAUCUGUCAAAUUUUCAGUUGGAGUUUGGGUCCUUCUGAACUGGCCUGUGGUCAUGUAUGGACCAAUUUAUUUCCACUGUCACUGAAUGUAACAUGAGAACCUACAGCUUUGUCUCACUACACAUUUUACAUUAUUCUUCAUUCUUUAGUUGUCUGUGUGCAUGUGGUGCAGUCAGAGGUUUAACCACCACAAGUUUUAAUUUUUGAGUUGUUUUUAUUCCUGUCAGUUCAGAUUCUGAGUGAGUGUGUGAUCAUAGACACAAUCGUGUCACUUGUUUUAAACCUAUGUAAAGAGUGUUGAUGAUUGUAAGAAGAGCUACAGUAUAUACAUUACAUCAAAUGUGUUAUUCUUGUAUCACUACAUCAAAAUACAGCAUCAGUCUCCCUCCCCA